CUGAAUGAUAUACGUGUAGAUUCAACGUUAUGAUGCAUAUCAACGAGUUCCCGUGAGACUAGGGUUCGGUCGCGGGUCAUAUUUGUCAGUGCUCAGACACAGAUGGGGUGAUAAAACCUAUCUUUCUCCGGCCCUGUGGUGACUUUCAGGUGAGGAGGUGGUCUUGGCUGCUCGGGUAUUUACUGAACUCGUUAAUGGACUACAUAAGAACGCUUAUUGAAUGUUCUAUCUCUGCGAGGGUGUCUCACAUGAAGCUGUUCCUGUCCUCACAUUUUCCUCAACCUGAGACACACGUGUGCCUUAACAAUUAUCCACGAGGGUAUUCGGAUAUUAUCGUACACAGGACCCAAAGCAUCUCCUGCCUUUACACUCUGUGUGAAGUAUGAAGAGGUCUCUGUGUAAAACAUCCAGUGCUCCAGAACAGUUGCCAAGAAUUUCCCUCGGACAAAAGACAUCGGCCCAGAGGCGACCAGAGUCCAAAUCCAGACAUUAUUCAGACUCGGAUAUACGCCCAUGGUGCCCUCUGACAGAGGUUGACACCAUGGCCCUACCGGCAGUGUUACACAACAGACCAGGGCGGGCAGACAGAAGGAUUCCUUCUGAAACACAUGGUAGUCUGUCUGCAAGGUCCUUGCCCUUCAGAAGAGGCUCGUCUAUGUCCUUUACCCAAGGAAUGGUGACAAUACUUCACAACCGGGAGGAUGUAGAUGACGAUGACUUCACGUCUACACCUUGCCAUCUCCAUGUUCGUGUUCCUGAUGAUGAAGAAGCUCCUGGAGAAGGUUCUGUACAGUUGAAUAAACAUGCACAUGGUGAUCGAUGUAACCAAGAAUCAUAUGUAGGCUCUGGGUUAAGGAUGAACCAUCGGGAGGAUCGUUUUUCUCAAAGAGAUGAAGGGGUGGAGUCCAGUCCAUGCACUGUUCGGACAACGGGUGGUAGAGUCAGCAGAGUACACCAUGGCGGAGUUGACUAUCGAGACGGCCUUUUUCCUCGGCCAGGCCAUGGACCGCUUCAUGGUCUUACCUAUCGUCCGAGACACAUGACGAUGAAGAGACACCCACCCAGAACACCGGCCGUGUCUCCAACUGGAGACCUCGGAGCUCAUGCACACAUUGGAGACCUCGGAGCUCAUGCACCCAUUGGAGACCUCGGAUCUCAUGCACACAUUGGAGACCUCGGAGCUCAUGCAAACAUUGGAGGCCUCGGAGAUCAUGUGCACCUAGGAGACCUCGGAGACCUGGGGCACCUGAGACACCCAGGAGACAUGACACCUACACGUUCGGGUGUGGCACAAUUCCUGGUCCCACAGUGUGGAGAACAUAACACAAGCACCCGUUCCCCGGAUAGUAUACACGCCGUUCAAACUGAAGACGAGCAAUGCACCGGAAAUGACGACACAAAGACAAAGAUCACGUGUUCCGGCCUCACACAGGAAGUGCUAACCUCUGGGUUGUAUAGUAAUUCGGCACGAAAGGAGGACCGGGUUUUUGAUUGGUUGGCAGAAUGUGAUAGUGAACUUGUACCCGCAUCGCUUCCAACCCACUUGCCUGAAAUAAACAGACAAAAACGCUACAACCCUUCUAUUGGAUAAACAAAGUAACUCAAUUAUGAAACCUCUGUCCAUAAAGAUAAUAAAUUACGUUAGUUGUUUCAAUUCUCAAACUCGGUAUUCUUAAAAAAAUCGAUUGUACAGCAAACCUUUUACAAAUUCUAAACCGUUACAUUUACCAAAGAAACUGUGUGUUUUUUAGAGAAAAUAUGAAGAUGAAAAAAAUAACGUUUCUGUUUCUCAUUUAUAUUUGUUCCAUGUGUUUCCGUGUUUUUUCCCCAUAUGAACAAUUGACUUGCCUUUGCAUGUGUUUACGACGGAGGCCACGAACAUCUGGUAUCAUAACUAUUUGACAGCGAUUCAUAAAUACGUGCUUAUGAUAUAGUCGGAAUCGUACAAUGCACUCUGCUUUUUUGUCGCUUGUUUAUUUAUUUCCUUUGAGACUUACAAUGCCAUGUGUGAUUGAAAAGAACUGUUUUUAUGAUAUUCCUCCACUGCUGGAAGGAUUGUAUUGUUUGUUUGUUUGUUUGUUUGUUGUUUAACGCCGCACUCAACAAUAUUCCAGCUAUGUGGCGGCAGUCUGUAAAUAGUCGAGUCUGGACCAGACAAUUCAG